UUCACACCCUUCCUCUUCUUUUUCCUUUUACUCGUUUCUGUCUGGUCUGCACAUCUGCAUAAUAAAAAGGUAUUUGGCUUUCUUUUUCUCUCUCUCUCUCUCUUUUUCUUUCCCUCUCCUCUCUUUAUCUUUGUAUGCGACAUCAUGUCUCACACAUGUGACGUUAUUAGGAAAGCAAGAUGUCGUCGCAGGUAUCAUCUGUAGCUGAUCGACUUACUACCGUCAACGAACAGGCAUGGUUAACACUAGGAAAUCUGGCGGAAAUGAUGACCGACUGGACUCGCGCCAUGACCUUUUACAAGUCAGCACUCAAACACAACACCAGUUCCGUGGGCGCAUUGUUCCGGAUUGCGUCACUCUACCGUAACCAGGACCAGCUCGAACGGGCCGUCAAGUACUUUAAGCGGGUCUUGACCAUCCAGGACUCCAACGGCGAAGUCUGGAGUGCGCUGGGCCACUGUCACUUGAUGAUGGAGGAUCUGCAGGAUGCCUACCAUGCCUACCAGCAGGCACUCAAGUAUUUGGACAACCCAAAGGACCCUAAGCUCUGGUACGGAAUUGGCAUCUUGUACGACCGAUACGGCUCACUCGAGCAUGCAGAAGAAGCGUUUUCUGCUGUCAUCCGGAUGGACGCCUCUUUUGAAAAAGCCAACGAAAUCUAUUUUCGAUUGGGGAUCAUUUACAAGCAACAACAAAACUACGACCUGAGUCUGCAGUGUUUCCGCUACAUUCUGCAUAAUCCGCCGAAACCAUUGACCCAAGUCGACAUUUGGUACCAGACAGGCCACGUGUAUGAGCAGCAGCACGAGUACGAACGCGCCAAGGAAGCCUAUGAACGCGUGCUGGCGGAAAAACCGGAUGACGCCAAGGUGCUGCAACAAUACGGCUGGCUCUUCCACCACACCAAUACCUCAUUUUCAAGUCAGGCUAAUGCCAUCGAGUACUUGACCCGCUCGCUCAAGGCUGACAGUAACGAUGCUCAGUCCUGGUACCUCUUGGGUCGCUGUUACAUUUACGAGCAAAAUUAUCACAAGGCUUAUGAGGCGUAUCAGCAGUCGGUUUAUCGGGAUGCUCGGAAUCCGGCGUUUUGGUGCUCCAUUGGGGUGUUGUACUACCAAAUCAAUCAGCACCACGAUGCAUUAGACGCUUACAACCGCGCUAUUCGCCUAAGUCCUACAAUGAGUGAGGUCUGGUACAAUCUGGGCACACUGUAUGAAUCAAGCACAAACCAGGUGCAGGAUGCACUGGAUGCAUAUAAACGAGCGGCAGAUCUUGAGCCCAAUAAUAAGCGCAUACGGCAACGCAUCGAGUGUUUGCGGACAGGACAACAUACUAGAUCAGGAAACAGUCAUCCACCUGAUACACCUGUGCCUCAAGAUGUCACUAAUCCUUACCAGUACCAGAGCAGUCGGGGAGCAUCUACUUCACCUCCGCCCCCGGUUGACCAACAUCCGCAACAACAACAACAACCGCCACCGUCACUACAACAGCCUUCUUCAUUUGCCACACAUGGUAAUGACAGUGGUGAAUCUUCUCUCUCACAGCCACCACCACCACCACCACCUCCUCCGCCUCAACAACAGCAACAAAAACAACAACAACUUCCAUUUUCUUCAGUACACUAUAUAGCAAGUCCUGACCCAACACUUGCUGAAGAAAAACAGCGUGUACAAGCAGGACGGCGACCUAGAGCCGUGCCUGAAUUUGAGUCGGUGAGAAAGCAGGAGCGGUAUCCGGCAACGACAACAACGACAACAACAUCGCGUCCUUUGUCAACGCACCAUCCAUACCCACCUAUGAAUGGUAUAGAUAAUAGUACAUUACCUGCUCCACAACACAUCGGUAGGAGACCAUCAUCAUCCCCAACAAAAACACCUAUCUCUGUACCGUUUACUUCAACAACAACAGUGACGAAGAAAUCACCACCACCUCCACCACUUGAAUCAUCAAAACACACACUCCCUGCGCCGACAUUGACUUCUACUACUACUACAGCAACCGAGUACACUGUCAAACGUGAAGGUCAUCCUACGACUAGUACUACUGGUAGCACUGUUGUUUCAGAAUCACCAAAACGGAAACGAAUGGCAUCAAGAGAAGAAGAAGAUGGUAAUGACGAUGAUGACACUAUCCACAAACCAAGUCCAAAGAAAUCACCCGCAAUAUUACAUCGUCAACAACAACAACAACAACAACAACAACAACAACAACAACAACUGCAGAAAAAGAAAAGUGAACAACAACAGCAUGCAUCCGCUGCUGCUGUUGUACCUCCUUCCACAACGUCAAAUUCCAGUAGCACCAGUACUAGCAAUGCUAAUGUCCCCACAACCACAACAGCCGCCAACAACAACAGUAGUACCACUACUCCUACCACGAAUAAUUCUGUUUCUCCCGUUGUCGCCAGAACAUCGUCUCCAGCAGCAGCAGCAACAACGACAACACCAUCGACUCCUUCCAAAUCAAAUGCAGUUGCCAUGGCUCCUUCUGCUUGAGAAAGAAAUUAUUCCGUUCAUCAUCACUUGAACAAACAAAUACCCCACCAUUCUAACUGUCUUUGUUUUGCACACACUGUUUCUUCAUCCACAAAGCCAUUUACUACUUUAUAGUAAGCAUUAGUAAACCUCCAAUUGCCCACAAAUUUGUAUAGCUUUUUCUUUCUUGUUUAUAUAUUUGA